AUGGCAACGUCAUCGGUGGUUCCUAGGAUUAGUGGACUAGAAAGACUCACACGUUGCUGUCUCAAAUCUCAUGGGGUCCCACCUCCAGUUAAAUUGAUAAAGGAAGAGAAAUUUGAAUACCAACGCGCAGCAUCAACUGAACUACAACAAACGAGGAGGAACAGUAUAGUCCUUGCGAGUCAAAUGAUAUCACGCAAGAUCAGAUUCCACGUCAAAGGAAGAUGGAGGGACGGGUUUAGGUCGUUUGAGACGAUAAAAGAUCGGCGUAGACAAGGAAGUAAAGUAGACGAUUAA